AUGUCGUUCACAAACGGACAUUCCGAUGAUGUCCCCACGGUCAAGCAGACUGUCCAUAACUAUAUCAAGGACGUCAAGAGUCAGUUGGAAAGACUCCCAGAAGAUGCCACUGUCGUCAAGUCCUUCGUGAGCGCCCUCCUGACCGAAGGCGUCACCGAUGAUCGAAAAUAUCUGCUCGAGAACCUGAUAAAAUGGGCCGCCUCAUACCCGAAGGACUCGCCCACUGGCGCCUUGCUCACCAACACCAUGCUGGCAACCCUGUGGGACAACCUGAAACAUCCUCCGCUCUCAUACCUGGGAGAUCAAUGGCGGUAUCGUACGGCCGAUGGCUCCCACAACAACAUUCUCUACCCGGACCUGGGCAAAUCCGGCUCGUACUAUGCCCGCAGCGUCGUUCCAGAAAGAUCGCCUCCCGCAGCUCUUCCGGAUCCUGGAGACAUCUUCGAUGCACUGUUCGCACGCAAAGGUCUCGCGAAGGAGCAUCCUACCCAGUUCUCCAGUAUUGCCAUAUCAUUGGCAACGAUCAUAAUUCAUGACGUUAUGCGCACGGAUGAUUUGGAUCCAAACAAAGUUGCAUCGUCGUCCUAUCUCGACUUGGGUCCACUGUAUGGCCACAACCAAGACAUGCAGAAUAAGGUCCGCACCUUCAAGGACGGCAAACUCAAGCCGGAUACAUUCGCCGAGCCUCGUAUCCUUGGUCAGCCUCCUGGCGUUGGCGCUCUGUUGGUGUCUUUUGGUCGCUUCCACAACUACGUCGUCGAGCAACUGGCAGAGAUCAACGAGAACGGUCGUUUCAACGGUAUGACGGACUAUGCUGCCGCCAGAGGAUUGAGUGAGGAGGCAGUGACGAAGAAGAGAGAUAACGACCUCUUCCAGACUGGACGACUAAUCACUUGCGGCCUUUACGUCAACAUCAUCCUUCGUGACUAUGUUCGAGUCAUUCUCAACUUGAACAGGGCAGACACUGCGUGGACUCUUGAUCCUCGUACGGAUGAAUUCAAUCCAUUUGACGCUGACGGAAUCCCAAGAGGUAUUGGCAACCAAGUGAGCAUGGAAUUCAACUUGAUAUACAGAUGGCACGCAACCGUUUCAAACGCCAACGAACAGUGGGUGAACGACUUCUUCGCGAAGAUCUUUCCCGGCAAAGAUCCCGCGACCAUCACUCAAGCUGAGCUCGUCGAGGGCUUCAAGGCGUGGGGCCACAGCCUUGAUGCCGAUCCUAGCAAGUGGACCUUCGGCGGGCUUCAACGCAAUUCUGCCGGCGGUUUCGACGACGGUGCUCUGGUAGAUAUCCUGGCCCGUACCACCGAGGACGUCGCAGGCGCUUUCGGUGCCCGCAAUGUGCCCGUAGCUUUGCGGGCCAUUGAGAUCCUGGGCAUCAAUCAAGGUCGCAACUGGGGAGCGGCGAGCUUGAACGAAGCUCGCAAAUUCUUCAAACUCAAACCACACGAGACUUUCUUGGAGAUCAAUCCAGAUCCAGACGUCGCGGCGGCGUUGCAGGCGCUAUAUGAGCAUCCCGACAAUGUGGAACUGUACCCUGGUCUUGUUUGCGAAGAUACCAAGCCUCCAAUGGUGCCAGGCUCUGGACUUUGUGCCGGCUUGACAAUGGCGAAGGCGAUUCUUUCGGAUGCAGUGGCCUUAGUUCGCGGUGAUAGAUACUAUACAAUCGACAACAGCCCAGCGAACCUCACCUCCUUCGGAUUCGCAGAGAUCGCAUCUGACCCCAACGUCGGCUUCGGCACCACAAUCAACAAGCUGCUUAUCCGCGCCUACCCGGGUUGGUACCGCAGCAACUCGGUCUACGCUCUGUUCCCCCUCACCAUACCGCCAGAGAACCGAGCAAUCUUCCAAGCCAGAGGUAUUGAAAACGACUACACUUACGACGCACCUCGUUUCGUCCCGCCGCCAGUCCCAGUCACUACUUGGCAAGGCGUCGUUGACGUGCUGGAGAACACCAAAGACUUCAAAGUCACCGCCGGUCCGCACGUGUACGAGCUCAUCAAGCACGACUGGAUGCUCAGCGGUGACAAGACGUGGAACGCGGAGCAGAAGAAGACAUGUCUCCAUGCCUUGUACGAUGUGCCGAAUGGCCUGGCUCAGAUUCGCGACUUCUAUGGCACUGUCACGGAUAGUCUGAUCAAGUCCAAGAGCAUCAAACUGCGUGAUCGCUACCAGAUCGACCUGGUGCGGGACGUCGCUAUCCCAUCGCACGCGAUCGUCACGGCGCACAUCUUCCGCAUCCCGCUGGAUAACUCGGGUGGUACGUUGACCGCUACAGAACUGUACGAAGCUAUGGCGACGGUUUUCCAGUACACUUUCCUCGACAUUGAUACCGCGAAGACGCUUGCGAUCAAGGCCGCCGCGAAGCUUGCGGUCACAAAGCUGGCGACCGCCGUCUCUGCUUCUUGCACUGAAGUCUCGAAUGGCAAUUUAUCGUUCCUGGAAUCCAUCUUCAUGAAGCGGGACAAAGGUGAUGUGGCGCUACCUGACUACGGCACGAAGCUUGUGCAGCGUCUCUUCGACGCUGGCAUGUCGCUUGACGAGGUCAUCUGGACUAUUGUCCCUACUGCUGCGGCUGCUGCUCCGAUCCAGAGUCAGGGUAUUGCCCGCCUCCUCGACUUCUACCUCUCCCCCGAGCAAGAAGUCCACUGGGCUGCAAUCCAAGAAUUGGCAUCCUCCGACUCCGCCGAGUCCCUCGAAAAGCUCCGCAAAUACGCCCUCGAAGGCUUCCGCCUUUCCCCAGCCGCCGCCGGAGCCCUCCGCCGAGUCGCCUCCACCAACGCCACAAUCCACGACGGUGAUAAAAGUCUCCACCCACCAUCGGGAAGCUCCGUCUUCGCCGACUUCAACACCGCCGGUUUAGAUCCUGCCGUCUUCCCUGAUCCCGAGCAUAUCAAAUUGGAUCGUGACGAUAAAUUGUAUAUUCAUCACGGUUGGGGAGGGCAUCAGUGUUUGGGCAGGGAUGUUGUGAUGGGCGCUAUGGCUGUGCAGUUGAGGGCUUUUGCGAGGUUGAAGAAUUUGAGGAGGGCUAAUGGACCGGCAGGAGAGUUGAAGAGUAAGGUUGUGAAUGGAGCGUUUCGGGUGUACAUGAACCAGGAUUGGAGUGGGUGGACGCCGUUUCCGAGUACGUGGAAGUUGUAUUAUGAUGCGUGA